AUGGUAAUGGUUCCCAAUUCUUCUUUACUCUUAGUUUUACAACAAAUUUGCGGAAUAAACAUACAACCUUUGUUUGCAGAAAAUGAGGCUAAUGAAGUUAAUUUUCGUGAAAUUCCGUCCCAUGUGUUGCAAAAGGUUUGCAUGUAUUUCAAUUACAAAGUACGCUAUAUAGAUAGCAGCACUGAAGUACCAGAAUUUCCUAUUGCACCUGAAAUUGCAUUAGAAUUAUUGAUGGCUGGGAAUUUUUUAGAUUGUUAAAUGUAACAAGUAAUAUCAUUAACAAAUAAUUCAGCUUUUGGGGCAUAACAAAAGUAAUUAUUAUAAUUUUGAUUUUAAGAAGUAAAAAUUCAAUUGUAUUGAGUGAUAUAUUUAAAAAAAAAAUGUUCUUACUUUUCCCUUUAUGUUUUAUAGUAGGAUAUUCAUUUUAAUAAAUCAUUGCAGUUCAUUAUAAAAUUACAUUUACUAAUAGAUAUUUGAAAGAUUCACAU